AUUACCACCCCCAAAAUGUAAGAGCAAGAGAGAACUUUGGACAGACCUCUGCAGAUUUCAGAAGUGAGUACACCUCUCCUGCCCCCAGUUUUAGCAGCUGAAAAGAACGUGGUUAAAAACUCCUGACCACAAUACUACCAUUGGCUGCUGAGGCUCCAGUAUGGAGACAGGAGGAUGCUGAACAUGGUGGGGUUCUGUCUUAACGCUAACAGGCCUUAACACCCAAGGCCUUCCUGUGGGUCUCAUAAUGCAGCACUUUACUUUCAGAUCCCAAAACUAAAAAGAUAAACAAGAAUUUGAUCUAAAAGUCAGCAUAAGUCAGUAGAGAAGAUGAGGAUGGAAAAGAAGGAAGAUCACGGGAAGCCAUUGUGCAGAAGACUGGAAUUAUUCAGUAAGAAUAAACACUAAGUGGUUGAGAAACUCGACUUGUUUGCUGACUUCUGAGAAAGUUAGCUGAGGGAAACAGACAGACCAACAGACAGAUGCUGGCCUUUGAGUACAUCUUGGCAAGAACAUCAGAAGAUGAAGUGAUCUGUGGCCCGAGAAGACACUUUGUGCUGCAAUUAUAAAAAAAAAAAAAAAAAAAAAAAAAAAAAAAAAAAAAAGUAAAAAUAAAAUAAAGGAAUUACACAUUCCUGGCCUCCUCUAACUGGAAUUUAUUGACAAAGGAUGACAGAAAGAAUCCUGGAAAAGUUCAAUGCCUUGGAGGAGAAAGCACAGAUACUUGAAGCCAUCAGGGAAAAGAAUAUCAACGAUCAACUAAGAAAUAAGCCUUUGAUUACACCCCUGCUGUUUGACCUUCAUGAGAAAUUUGGAUACACAAUCACCCCAUCUGCAUCUAAGAUCAUAGAAAAUAAACCACAAGAUCUUAAGAAGUCAAAAAAGUCUGUGUCUUUCAAAUCUAACCCUAAAUCCAGAAGUAAUUUUGAAGCGUCAAGUUUAAGAUCACCUAUUCUUGGAACAAGUAAAAACUGUGAAGAAAGUAAAUUAAUGGAACACAGAAAAGAAAAUCUAAAAUCAGGACAUGUAUCUCUUCGUUAUCUUAAAGAUGAAGAUGAAACAGAAUACGCAAAGCCCUUGCAUUUUCCACUGCCUCAGCCUAAACACCUGUGUGAAAAAUCAGCGGAGUCUUCAAUCCUGUCUCCCAAACGUACCAAUGAAUCCAAUGUUAGGAAGAUGGAAAAAGUCUCUCCUCCAGUUACAGAUCAACAUGAAAGCAGAGCUAAGAAGUCCACACAUUCUACAGACCACUCAGCAGUUUCUAGGAAAAAUAGGAGAAAAUACCAUCCAAAGGCAAAUAAUUUUGUUACAAAAGAAAGUGAGUUAACCAGAAAUGGCCAAGCAAGAAAGCCCCGUCCAGUCAAACAGAACCUCGUGCUUCCCCUGGACUGUAAGGAUCUAUUGAAAGAUCCAAAAAUAAAGACAAUUGACCUUCGCCCAACAGGGACAGUACAUGAUGCUCCCACGGAACAAUGCCACGCAAGUCCAAUAAUUUUCUAUGACAGUGAAUAUGUACAAAUGCUGUUCCUGACAAAAAGGCUUACCCCCGAUGCUAUGAAAUGUACAGGAAAGAAUAUUGUUUUAGAAAAAAAUUAUGAAGUAUUCAAAGCUUUAUUUAAUGAAGAAGCAAGUCCUGUUUCUGAACCUCGAAGUACUAAGCCUAUAGUCCAGCAGAAACAGUUGCCAGUCUUCUCUGGUGAACAGGCCCAAAAGAGUAUAAGUGAGAAACGAAAGAAAAAACAUGACAGUCUGAUUUCAAAGAAAACAUCUCCGAACACUCUUUGUAAUUUAUCCCAAACUUUUUCCAGCUUGAGCAAAAAAUUUGCUGGUUACUUUGAUAAAGAUGUUACUCAAGAAAAAAGUGAUAAGGCAGACAUAUUUCAAAUGUUUUCCAAAACAAAGCCACAACCCACACGAAAAUUUACUACCUUACCUCUCAAGUAUGACUCCAAGCCUCUGAAAAACAUAUUUGAUAUACAUAAACUAAACAACAUGUCCCCAUUGGAUAACCUGCUAGAUUGAGAGCAUAAAGAAUCACUUGUGCAGCAAUAUUUAAAAACGAGAAGAACCAGGUUCCAAGAUCAUAGAAGAAAUUAUUAUCUGAUUACUAAUGUUCUGAUGGAUGAAGUACUCAAUCUGAAGUGGUAUGUUCAAGAUCAACCAACAUUGUUAGGUAAUACAGGGGUGUAAUUAGGAAAUUAUGAGCAAGAGGAAUUCAUUCCUGACUUAUCUUUUUGGUUGUGAGCCUACAAUUUCCAAGAUGAGCCAUCUCUCUAGCCUAUUCAUGACUCAAUUAUACUUACCAGACACCCCUGUUGACUACAGCACAUUCUUAUUUAGUACCAACUAUGGCAUAGAUUGAUGAGAAAGUUGCUACCAAAAGCCACAAAAUGUCAACAACUUGUCCUAUGAUUGACUAUCAAUACAGAUACACCAUUAAUUUACUGAAUAUGGAGUUAAUGGUAGAGCAGCUCUUUAGAUACUCAUGGCAUAAUAGUGUCAUAUGACCAAUGUAAUGUGAUUAAAAAGGCUUCAUAAAACCUGU